CACACAUACACAUAGUUGAGAUGGGCAGUUUUGGAGUGAGUUGCUCCUCAAUUAGACCUUCAUAUCCCCCUAAAAUCAACCAUCAUUCUCAUUCUUCUCUCUCUUAUUCUUCCACCACUCUCAAGCCAUUGUUGAAGGAGCUCCACAAAAGCAACCCCAUUUUAUUCCAAGUGUCGAAAACGAUCAAAGAGGCCUCACUGAGAUUAUUGGAUGCAUUUGUCGAUUCUGUAUUCCACUUUAUUGAUCAGCCCUUGCUCCCAUCUCAGAGCAAUUUUGCUCCGGUGGAAGAGAUUGGAGAAGCAGUAGACGUGACAGAAUCGAUAAAUGGAAGGAUCCCAGCUGGUUUUCCGGCAGGAGUUUACAUCAGAAAUGGGUCAAACCCCCUAUUUGGUGGCUUAAAAUCGACAAAUUCCGUAUUUGGAAAGUCUAGCCACACUUGGGUAGAAGGAGAAGGCAUGCUUCAUGUUUUAUACUUCUCUAAAAACGGUGAUGGCAGAUGGGAGAUUUCCUACAGAAACAGACAUGUUGAAACAGACACUUUCAAGCUAGAAAAGUCCAGGAAGAAACCGGCAUUUCUUCCGGCUGCAGAAGGAGAUUCCCUAGCUGUGUUGUCUGCUUAUCUUCUUAACUAUUUGAGAUUCGGGUUUGUGAACAAGUAUGUAAGCAACACGAGUGUGUUUGAGCACUCUGGGAAGCUCUACUCAGCUGCAGAGAAUCAUAUCCCUCAAGAGAUAGACAUUUUCACACUAGAAACAGGGCGAAAUUGGGAUGUGAAUGGUUCUUGGAAUAGGCCAUUUACCAGCCAUCCAAAGAGAGAUCCAUACACGGGAGAGCUAGUGAUUAUGGGGAUUCAUCCGGAAAAGCCUUACUUCGAGCUUGGAGUGAUCUCAGUUGAUGGAGAUAGACUGCUUCACAAAGUUGAUCUCGAACUAGACAGAUGCUGCCUUAGCCACGAAAUAGGGAUCACAACGAGGUACAAUGUGAUCAUGGAUUUUCCUCUGACCAUAAACAUAAAUCGACUGAUAAAAGGCGGACCUCUAAUAAAGUACAAUGGGGAAGAAUAUGCAAGGAUUGGCAUCAUGCCUCGUUAUGGAGAGGCCGAUUCUGUCAAGUGGUUCGACGUGGAGCCAGGCUGCACCUUCCACAUCAUCAACUGCCACGAGCAAGAUGAUGAGGUAGUUGUCUUGGCAUGCAGGGCCCGUGACUCCAUGAUACCAGGCCCCGACUUUGGCCUUAACAAGCACGAGUGGUUCUCAAAAGGGCUUGAGCAGAUUGGUGCAGACGCCCCAUUUCUUACGCGUGUUUAUGAGUGGAGGCUCAACAUGCUCACGAGCGAAGUGGUGGCAGAGAGAAACCUCACGGGAACGGACUACUCCAUGGAGUUUCCAAUCAUCAAUGAUAAGUAUAUUGGCAAAAUAUGCAAGUACGGCUACACACAGGUGGUCUGCUCAAAGGCCAGCUCCACGGCAGGUACGGCAAAAUUCGGAGGGCUAGCAAAACUUCACCUGCACGAGAGGGAACAAUGCGAUGGGUUAAUCAAGGUCGAGCACCACAAGCUCCCGAGGAACACCUUCUGCACGGGUGCUGCUUUCGUGGCCAAAAGGGGAGGUGUGGACGAGGAUGAUGGAUGGAUCAUUGCCAACGUACAUAAUGAAGACAGGAACACAUCUCAUGUGUACGUCGUUGAUGCCAAGGAUUUCUGCAACGAGCCGGUUGCUGCAAUCGAUCUUCCAACAAGAGUGCCUUAUGGAUUUCAUGGAGCUUUUGUGCCAUUUGACUAUGAAGAAACAACUAUAUGACUUUGUAAAAGAUAUGUAACAAUAUAGUUUAGUAUGUUUGUGUCAUUCUAAGUGUUGGGACAUGAGACUGUCCUAAAUCUUGAACAUUAGAGAAACUCAGAAAUUUGAAAUAUUUCACUGGUUGAUGUCUUUGUAUAUACAUAAAUUAAUAAGAUUGCAUUUGUAUUUAAUUA